ACAUACAGAUGGACUGACAUCAUUCAAACAGGUUUCAGCUGUAGUUUCAUUUUUAUUACUUUUCUAAAUAUGUUAAACCACACAAAAUAUUGACACUUUGAGCUCAACUUGCACAUUUUCACUUGGAGGUAAACUCGCUGUCGUUGCCAGUGCUUUAGAUGUUAAUGACCCUGUAAGUUGAAUUAUUUUGAGGGGACAGCAAAUUUACACGGUUAUACAAGCUGUACACUGACUACUAUACAUUGUAUCAAAAUAUAUCUUUAGUGUUGUCCCAUGAAAAGACAUAAUGAAAUAUUUAGAAGAAUGUGAGGGGUGUACUUACAUUUGGGAGAUAGUGUAGUUGACCGUUACAAGAAGUCUGGAGUUAAACCCCAUAUGUUUAACCAUAUAUCAGGAUGUGUAUAUAUAUUUGACUAUGUGCGGAGUAGAGAAAAUCAGCAAUAAUUUAAAACUUAUGUAUCCAAUUCUUGCAGUUUAAAUGGAUUGAAAUUGGUUGUUGUGCAAUUAUGAAAUUAUUGAGUAAAAAGUAAUUACUCAAAGUCACAUGGACAAGUCAAAUGUCUUCUGGAGUAAGGUUUGAUGCCGAGACAAAGUUUGUGCUGUUUGGCCACAAAAAAGAUGUUCUGUACGAGUCAAUGUAGGCUUUCAAACCCAAGAACACAGUACUAACUGGUACCAACUGGCAAACAUGGUGGUGGUAGCAUCAUCCUGUGGGGCUGUUUUACUUACAGUAGUACUAGUGCAUUUGAAUACAAAGACGUUUAAACGCUAGAUGGCUAAAACUGGGAAACAAUGGAUGUUCCAAUAAAAAGUCAAACCUAAGCAGAACAGCACAAUGGAACCCAUUUAGCUCUGGAUUUGAAGACCCCAGACCUGAACAUUAUCAAAACAGUCAGGAAUUAUUGUGACUCUACUAUAGACAACUGAAGAACACAGUCAAACAUGUUGUUUGCUUGAGUUGCAGAGAAUCAAACAUCCAAAGAUAAGUUUUCAUAUAUCUCUAUAGAAGCCCGGGCAAUAUCUUCUGGAACCUUCUAAUAUUCAUCAAAAACAAGUCAUGAAAAACUAGGAUGGGCUGAAGGUUAGAGUACAGAGUACAAGCUUUUACAGACUUUGGCUUUCCUUAGUACUCCCACGUAGACUCAGAAACAUAUAAAAGGGCAGUGCGUUGUGUAGAGGUAGAGCGUGGACACCAUAUACAAAAACUAUGAAACACAGCCUUCUGGCGUUUGAUUCCCAAUUCUGGGAUCUUUGCUACAUGUCUUCCCUCUUCUCUCUCUGCCCAUUUCCUGUCUGUAUAUUGUGAACUAAAGGCCACUAGUGCUACAAAAACUAAAGAACAAAAACAUAUAGGGACAAGUCUGUACUUCUGCAAGUGAUGGAUCUCAUAAAGACAUCUCUACAAACAUGUGCCACAUGCCAACCGUCUCAGCUUUGUUCUAUUUCUGUAGCAGGACUCGGUCACAGUCUUUAUUAAGCAGCUGAACACACACACACAGGAAUGUGUCUCGAACUUUCCUGCAGCGCCGGCUGCUGAGGGCGUGUUGAAAGGGUGGGGGGUGUCCAUGUAUAUAAACAGCAGGGGAGAUGGGACACCUCUCAGACAAAGCACCGACAGCACCAGCAGAUAAGAAAUCCAACCUCAACCUUCAACCAAACACACACAGGAUGUUGUGUCCCAGUGUCUUCCAGCCGACCCCAACUACCAUGAGGCCUUUCCUGGACCUACACUGGCCCAUCCGCAGCCUGUGGCCUGAGACCCGACCACUCUUCUACCAAAUUGAGCAGGAGAUGAUCCGCCACAUGCAGGAGAUGAGGCAGAGCAUGCAAUACAUGGAGAGACUGCACCAGAAGAUUUUUGAGGAGAUUGACCAAUCCUCCUGCUCUACAGGGGCAUUCAAGCCCAUCACCUUCCAGGAACUGGGGAAGGAUGGAAACAUCUUUGCUUUGAGCCUGGACACGGUGGAGUUUUCCCCGGAGGAUCUGUCAGUCAAACAGGUUGGCAGGAAACUGAGGGUGAGUGGGAAGACGGAAAAGAAGCAGGAAGAUGGGAAGGGUUCGUACUCCUACAGGUGUCAGGAGUUCAGGCAGGAGUUCGAUCUGCCAGACGGCGUCAACCCAGAGACCGUCAGCUGCUCGCUGGUGGGUGGCCGGCUGCAGAUCCAGGCACCCCGGGAGAAACCACUGAGUGAUGGGAAGGAGAGGAUCGUCCCAAUCAAUGUCAGUUCUGCCCCGGCCAUCACCUCCUCUUCCUCCUCCUCAUCCUGCGGGAACCAGGAGAUAAACAGCAUCUCCCCCUCAGAGAGCAACCCAACUGAAAAAAACUGAACAGUUUCAAAUCUCAACUAAUAAGCUGUCUAAAGGAGGAAUCAAGAAACCAGGUUCCCUUCAUUGCACUUUGAUUUUUAACCGUUUUUGAGUUGAUUAAAAAAUAAAAGCACCCAUUCUUAAAAUUCAGAUAAUUAUGGUAAAUAAAAGUUACUAAAUGCAUUUGAUUAUAUAAAUUCCUCAUGCUUUUAGAAAUUUUUGUCUAAAAUCUGAAAACACAUAAGUAAAACAUAGUUAACAGUACCAGGUCUUUUGAGUGGCGUUUAACCCUUUUGUUCUUUUGACUUCACUUUAAUUUUACAAUGUUAAUGGUUUUUUUUAAACAUUAUGGUCAAGUAUAAAUUGUGUACAGUAUUUGUUAUAAUUAAACUGAGAUCAUUUCAGUUUGUUUCUCAUAAUUAUUUCCCUUAUGGAACACUUUCCAAAGUAAUCGCAUUACAACCUCAAAUUAAUCCUCUAAAUUAAACCCAUUACUGUUAGAUCAUGAAGUUACUCAUGCAGAGACAGCACCCAGUCUUCCCAGGAGCAGACAUCCCAGCAGAUUCAGCCAAAGGUCAGAGCGUGAAGGUCAGAGAAAUGGCCAUAAUCCAAAAUGCUCCAUCUCAGACUUUACAGGCCUCAGUGAACAGGUCAAAGGUUAAAGGUCAUGACAUAGAAACACUGAACCAGUCUGGCUGUUUGGAAGGGUUGAAGUAGAAAGCUUCUUCUCUUCUUAAAACAAGAUGGCAGCAGAACCUGGGUUUGCUAAGCUGCAUCAGAAUGAAGGACAGAACUUCUGUAACAAUGUCCUUGGGACAGAUGAGACCAAAGUAGAGAUGUUUGACCAUAAUGGACAGAACCGUGUUUGGAGAAACAAGACAGCAUAUCAGUACAAACAACUGGCAAAAAGUGUAUGAUGAAAAUAAAACACAGGACACAAGUUUUAACCUUUCCUUGUAAAAUAAUUCUCAGUAAACCUAAUUUAUUCACAAACUAUUUUUCAAAUUGCCUUGUUGACAUUGUCUUUUCUGUUAAAUCACAUACAAUAAAAAACAUUUCUAAAAGACAA